UCCUCCAGAUGGGGAUCACGUUCAAAACCGCGCUGAUGCAACGAUCCCCACUCUUUAAAAUCUACUCCCGACCGUCGUCUGAGCACAAGAAAGGGCUUUUGUUCCAGUCUGGACACAGUUCAGUUGUGGUGGACACGAUGCCUGGCCGGAUCCCGGACCCCUCAGUCACAGCGGGUUCGCUGCCCAGUCUGGGAUCCUUCAGCAGCAUCUCACCAUCCCUGCUGACCACCAAGCUCAAAUACGAAGACCUGCAUGAGUACAGAGCUCUGCUGCCCCCGCUUCACCUGCUCCAUAGUUUUGGGAAGACGCUCAUCAAGACAGAGGCAGGAGAGGAUGAGGAGCGGAGGAAGCGGCGGAGAGAGAAGAAUAAAGUGGCCGCAGCUCGAUGUCGCAACAAGAGGAAGGAGCGGACGGAUUAUCUACAGAAGGAGUCAGAGCGGCUGGAGACGCUGAACUCUGACCUCAAGUCCCAGAUCGAGGAGCUGAAAGUGGAGCGGCAGCAGCUGAUCCUCUUGCUUAACCGUCACCGUCCCACGUGUAUCGUCAGCACAGAGGAUGUCAGAGCCCCUGAGAGUGAGGGCGACCAAGUUCCACAGCUGCACCACGAGUCGGCGGGCAGCUAGCGGCGGACAGGAAGUGACCGAUCAGGAGCACUUAGAUUUGGAACUGGACUCAGAACUUCUGUACAUGUCAGGAGAAGUGACCCGAAUCACAUUCAUUUUAUUAUCUGCCAUGUUUGCAGUUUCUAUCUGUCACUGUUCACUUAUCAAUCAGAUUUGGCAGCAAAACAGCUGGCUACACACUAAGAUUCAGGUGGUCAUAAUGUUAUGGUGAAUUCACAGGAAUAUUUGUGGUUAUAUGUGAGAGGUUUAUUUUCAAACUCAGUUACAGUUUCCCUAUAUCAGACACAAUUUCAUGUUGUUCAUUGUGUACAUUAUUUUCCUGACAUGCUUUGGUUGAACUUGCUUUUCUUUCUGUUUCAUACUCUGGCGCAGGCGUCACAGAGACUCUACAUAAUACUUGCUACCGCUAUGACGGCUGUUUAUAUAUUUUCAUAUCGGAUAUCAUACCAAGAAGUAACUUCAGGAAAUAAA